AUGAACAGUUCACCCCUAUCGAACGAUGAGCGCCACUAUCGGAAUCAGCUUUGGUAUGAGCGAGUUCAACAGCAGACGGCCCAGUACAACCGGUCACGAGCGGGUCCAGAUGAACGCGAUACACAAACCGACGAUGUCGGUCGCGUUAUUCAACGCCCAAUGACCGCCUGCCUGCCAGAACAUCCCAGACGCGGUCAAGGUCGGGGGCGGUCCCAUCGGGAGCAUCCCGUCGCACGGCUAUCCCAUCCGGUCGGCGAUUGUAUCGAAACGGACGGUGAAAUGGACGAUACACUGUCCGAGUUUGCUGGUGGCUGGUACAGUCCACGCCGGCACCGUAGCCGCACGUCAACGAUGCGUCCGUCGACGUGGAAAAAAUUGAACCAAUGGCUUGACGCGAACCAGCAGGUCCGGAACGAAGGCAUGGAAAAGGUGCAAAGUAUGACCGAGUUGCGGUUUGCGGAGUAUAAUUCUAGCGAGGAGGAAACCAGCGAAAAGUUGGCGGGCGAUGCACCGGAAAAGGAACAACAGAAGAAUGUGAAACAAGAGCCGGACAAAACUAGCCAAGAACCAAGGGACGCACGGCCAGAGUGCUCCGUCUCAAGGGUGCUAGAAGUUGAACCGCCCAAAGGCAAAUCAAUCGGUAUCGGGUACCAGUUUCUCAAGAAUCUUAUGCUGUUGUUGCUCUACAUCAUCGAAACACUAUUACCGGUAACGUUUCCGCUGCUGACAUACCUGAAGCACCGUAUGAAAACGGCGUUAGUGUACCUUUGGGUGCGUUUCAUUCAACCGAUUAUGACACACGGUCCUCAGGUGAGGGAAGAUCCGCUUUCGAUGGUCAUUAUGCUGCUGGUGCUCCCUUUGGUUGGAGUGUUGGGCGUUGGCUACUGUGUCGUUUGCGUACUCUACUGGCUGCAUCGAUUGUUUCUGAUUGAGCCUUAA